AUGGGUUCCCUCGCAAACGGUUCCAAGCCGGGCACUUUCCUCUUCACCUCCGAGUCCGUCGGUGAGGGUCAUCCCGAUAAGAUUGCUGACCAGGUCUCCGAUGCCGUCCUCGAUGCCUGCCUGGCGGAGGAUCCUCUCUCCAAGGUCGCUUGCGAGACCGCCACCAAGACCGGUAUGAUCAUGGUCUUCGGUGAGAUCACCACCAAGGCCAACCUGGACUACCAGAAGAUCAUCCGUAAUGCCAUCAAGGACAUCGGCUACGAUGCCUCCGAGAAGGGCUUCGACUACAAGACCUGCAACGUCUUGGUUGCCAUUGAGCAGCAGUCGCCCGAUAUUGCCCAGGGCCUGCACUACGACGAGGCACUGGAGAAGCUCGGUGCCGGCGACCAGGGUAUCAUGUUCGGCUAUGCCACCGACGAGACCCCGGAACUCCUGCCCCUGACCAUCCUGCUCUCCCACAAGCUCAACAACGCCAUGAAGCUGGCCCGCCAGGACGGCUCCAUCCCCUGGUUGCUCCCGGACACCAAGACCCAGGUGACCAUUGAGUACGCCCACGACAACGGUGCCGUCAAGCCCCUGCGUGUGGACACCGUCGUCAUCUCCGCCCAGCACACCGACGAUGUCUCUACCGAGACCAUCCGCAACGUGCUCAAGGAGAAGAUCAUCAAGAAGGUCAUUCCCAGCGAGCUCCUGGAUGACAAGACCGUCUACCACCUGCAGCCGUCGGGCCGCUUCGUCAUCGGUGGUCCCCAGGGUGACGCCGGUCUCACUGGCCGUAAGAUCAUCGUCGACACCUACGGUGGCUGGGGUGCCCACGGUGGUGGUGCCUUCUCCGGCAAGGACUACUCCAAGGUCGACCGCUCGGCCGCCUACGUGGCCCGCUGGAUCGCCAAGUCUCUGGUUCACUCCAAGCUGGCCCGCCGCUGCCUCGUCCAGCUGUCGUACGCCAUCGGUGUUGCCGAGCCCCUCUCCAUCUUCGUCGAGACCUACGGCACCUCCUCGAAGUCGUCGGAUGAGCUGGUCCAGAUCAUCAACAACAACUUCAAUCUCCGCCCCGGUGUGAUUGUCAAGGACCUCGACCUGGCCAAGCCCAUCUAUGUCCAGACCGCCAAGAACGGCCACUUCACCAACCAGGACUUCUCCUGGGAGAAGCCCAAGGCCCUGAAGUACUAA